UCUAUACGAAGGCAGCGGCGGCAACCACAGUUUCCUUCCUUCGGGGCUGCAUCAAUUCAGACGCUUACAUCAGAGUUACCACGGAGCCGUUCUAAGAAUAAUCAAGUUCGCCGUACCCGAAGCGCAUUCCGUGACUUUCACACCGCUUCGUAUUUCAUAAUCUUAUUGUCCAGGAAAACCGAACUGAAAACUUCAGAGGAUGAUACCAAUGCACCGAUUGAGGAAGCAAUACUACAAUACUACGUCGAACGAUGAAGAGAGACCUUUGACUAUCAUCAGCCUUAUAAACGUGGGGCCGCAUAUAAAGACGAAAGACGGACUUCUGCUAAGGACAGUUAUAUUUUUUUUCGUCGACCAUCUAACAGCUCAUAUAAUACUGAUAGUUAUGAAGAUAAUCUUCUUGAUCCUUUUCAUCGGAGUGGCAGCUACAACAGAAUUGGCUCGCUACAUGCCCAGAGGAUGGCGUCCAAGUGGGAGACACUUCAAUCCCGGUCACAGUCAGCCACACGCAUACUAUCGACCAGUCGGUCCACCAAAUGUGAUCACUUAUCCACCAGCAGCAUUCCCACCUUCGGAUAGUACGAUCCCAACAACAACAGCUAGUACAUCGUCAACGAUACCGAGUACUACUACUCCUACUACUUCUACUAUUACCGUUACUACAACCGAGAGAAAUAUAGAACCAACGACUCAACCAAAUCUAUCUGAUGAAAGUUUCGACACGAAUCCGGCCCUUGCCAUCGCCAAUUCCUUCGCCUUCAACAGACCUGUCUACGUUUAUAAUACCUUCCCGUUCCUCCCAGGACACGUUUUAGUCAAGUAACCUGACCAGGACCGAAGAAUAUUCAGGAGAACUUAUGAUAUAAUCCCGACCCACCUCUCUUCUUCACCGUAUUCGUCCGUCUACGUACGUAUGUAUAUAUAUGUAUGUAUGUAUGUAUAUACGUAUAUCUAUGUAUACGUAUAUACGUUACGACAUUAAUACUGUAUUAUAUGUACCACCGAUAUAUUCUCUCGACUUUGUCUAUGUAAUAUUUGUUUUAGUAAAUACAUGUGUACAUCAUCAACACACUCGGUCACAAAUGUUUGGAAACUUCGUAUUUGUAAUUCAAUAUGUAGAAUCUAUUGUAUUACAUUUAAAUGUUAUCAUCGAUACAUUUAAUACUUUUAUAUUAUAUUUCAUUUAUUAUACAUAAGUUAAUUAUUUUUGUCUUUUCUUUUUUUUUUUUUUUCUUUUUUUUUUUUUGUAACACGCACACACGUUUUUUUUAACACGUUUACGCGUAUGCGGGCGCGCGCGCGCGCGUGUGUAUGUAUAUGUAUGCGUACAAAGGAUUGAUAUUACAGAUCAAUUCUUACACGAACGAUGAAUAAAACUGUUAUCGUGAUAGAAUCAAAGUUCGAGGUGCUAAAUACGUCAUAAAAAUAUGACGCCCUCCGCGGGAGGGCUACACUCUCAUCGAUAUUCCUACAUUUUUACAAUCCUCGCACGAGUGAGGUACGUCCAACUCCUACUGCAUCUGACACUUUGAACGAUCCAUUUGAGAAGUAUGUGCUUAUAUCCAAUAACUUCUAGAGGCAUUUCUCCUCAUUGAUUCGCGCCUGAUAGCACAGCCAAUGGUGCGUAUAGGACAUUAGUAAGUAUAAUUCACAUCGUACCAAUAUAAAUCUUUUUCUUCUUCGUGCAACUAUAAAUGUCAAUAAUAUUUCUAAAUCCUAUAGUUCAGUAAAUCAUUGAUAUUAAAAUUUUUCUUUGACGAUUAAAUUCAAUCUCUACAAUCAUUUCACAUUAUUUUCACAACUCACUCUCUCUCUCUCUCUCUCUCUCUCUCUCUCCUUUUUCAUUCUUUUUUCUUCUUAAAAAAAAAAAAAAAAAAAGAAAAAAAAAUAUA